AAGGCGGGCUGGGGAGGGCUGGAGGCAGGGGCGCUGCCGGCGGAGCCGCGGCGCCUCAGGUCGGUUCGGAGCGGGCGGGAGCGGCGGCCUGGGCGCAGGCCCGCGGCGGAGGAAAAGCGGCUUAUUCCCCUCCCCGGCCCGCUCCGCCCCUCCGGGGUUGCCAUGGAGACGGGCGGGCGGCGGCGGGGCUGUCAGUGAGGGAUCGCACCGGGCACCCGGGCGGCGGCGGCGGAGGCCGCGGCGGCGGCGGCGGCGGCAGCGAUGGACUCGCACUGCGACUGUGCCGAGCCUCCGGCCGCCGAGCAGCAGCCGUCGGGGAGGAUUAACAAAACCGCCUUCAAACUGUUCAAGAGGAGGAAAUCCGGGGGCACCAUGCCGAGCAUCUUCGGGGUGAGGAGCAAAGGCGGGGAGGGGAAGGGCGCCAGCAAAGCGGGAAUGGUGCGGAGCCGGACGCACGACGGCUUGGCCGACGCCGUGCUGGAGAGCAGCAAGAAGGAGGAACCGGGCGGCGGCGGCGGCGAGGCGCAGAGCAAGGAGGCGCAGGGCCGGCCGGCCGGCAGCCUCGGCGUCUCCCCCGGCAGCUCGGUGGCCAAGUCGCACAGCUUCUUCUCCCUGCUGAGGAAGAACGGCAGGCCGGAGAACGGCAAGGCGGAGAGCGCGGAUCAGCGGGCUGGCGGCAGACAAAAGAAGGGGCUGAAAGGGAUCUUCAGCAGCAUGCGGUGGCAUAAAAAGGACAAAUACGGCAAGGAGGAGAGGGGGGAAACCUCGGAGAUCCGGUCCGGCCUUAUCAUGCCGGGGUCUUUGACCGCCAGCCUGGAGUGCAUCAAAGAGGAGAUGCCAAAACCUUUGUCUGAAACCCCCAACAGCGCGGGAGACGUCGGGCUGGAACCGCCGCGGGAGAAGCGCGGCGGCGAGGCCCACGCCUCGGCCCAGGAGCCCGAAGCGGGCGGUGGGGAGCCACGGGACAGCGGGCCCCCCCCCCGGGGACGACCUGCUGCUGCUGCUGCUGGAAGGCGACCCGAGGAGCUCUGCCGCGAGCCACCGGACCCGGGCGCCGGAGAGGUUGGGACUGCGAAGGAUGCGGCCAUAACAGGCUGCGGAGAUAUUAUUGCGGACCAUGAGGAGGAUGUGGGCAGCGGGAGUGGCGGCUGCGAGAAGAGCACCCCCGGGGCUGGCAAGCUGGGUGCCUCCAAGAAGCACCCCACCAUGGUGGCCUACCAGGGAGGAGGGGAGGAGAUGGCCAGCCCGGACCAGGUGGAUGACACCUACCUGCAGGAGUUCUGGGAUAUGCUGUCGCAGACAGAGGAGACCCAGACAGAAGGAGGAGGUGGAGGUGGAGGAGGGACAAAGAAGCCUGAGGGGUUGAAGGAGAACCGAGGUAUCGAGGGGCCCCAGAACAGGGUGGCGGUGAAACGUGGUGGCCUCCACCAGAUCCCCGUUCACCUCAACCACAAAGAGGAGCAGAAGGGCAGGGAGAAGGAGCAGCACGAAGGUGUCCCAAACAGCGACGAGGGCUACUGGGAUUCCACCACGCCUGGUCCCGAGGAAGAUGGUUCCGCAAGCAUCCAGAAGGAGACCAUUCCCAGGGACAGCUACAGUGGGGAUGCUCUCUAUGACCUCUACACCGAGCCGGAUGAGAACCCACCAGCAGGGCCUGCGGGCGAAGAGGUCACCUGCAUGCCACGUUCCAAGCCCGUGUCUCCAAUAACGACCACGUGCUCACUGAAAACGCCCUCAAGCACAGUGAAGGACUCCAAGAUCCCCAUCAGCAUUAAACACCUUUCAUCGCAUCCCGCCAGCCAUGGAGCAGACGCCAGUAACAGCCAUCACGUCGCACACCAUCACCUGGCCAAAAGCGAGAUGCACAGAACAAAAAUCCCUGUCUCCAAAGUACUGGUACGCCGGGUCAGUAACAGGGGCUUAGCAGGGACAACAGUGAAAGCUGCCACAUACCAGGACAGUGCCAAAAAGUAGUUGAAUAAGAGGUGGAGACAAAGACGGACAGCAAGGUCAGUGUGUGAAAGUCUGCGUAGGAGACCACAGAUAUUGAAUUAGUUUUGCAUCACCUGAAGAAAGGCACCUAAAAGGCUUACUUCACUGUACUCCAUGGGCCUGCACUUCUGAAUCCCUUCUUACUAGACUGUAUGGCUGAAUAUAAAAGGUCGACUUCUUUUCGAGCACUUUUUUUUACAUUUGUAUCUUUUUUCUGCAGCACUAAACACUGGGGAGGUUCAUUUUUACAUGCCUUUUUGGAAGCAGGACUUGGAUUACGAACCUAAAUGAGCAUCCUUCCUCAUGCAAAGCAGUGCCAUGAGUUCUUCAAGGGAACAGAGUUACAAAAGGAGCAACACGAGAGGUUCUCCAGUACACUUAUCUUUUAAUCAUUUCUGGGGGAGGAGUGGAAGGUGGGUGCCUGGCUCCGAAAAUGGUUUUUGCUCUACAAGAUGUUGGAAAAAAUGCCAAGCAAAAAACAACCAACCUAACAGGUAUUUUACCUGCUGUAGGAACGAGAGCACUGCUCGACAGCAGACUUAAUUGACUUGUGUGCAGUAGCUAACUAAGGAGUUAGGUGGACUUGUCUAACAGGAAAACAUAUUUUGUUUGUCUGUCUGUCUGGUUGUUUUUGAUCUGGUCUAAUGUAAAUGGGUAACAGAGACACCUGACAUAGGUUCAGAUGUUUACAUCAAUACUUACUUGUCCAAUAACGCAUACAAUCAGGUUCAGGGAAACAUUUUACUAAAUGCCAAUACAUACACACUGUUCGCAUUUAUACAGUAACUUGCUCGUUAUGUGUAAAUAUAUACAUAUUUUAGCAGAUUUACUCAAUGCUACAGAUUUUUUAUAUUAAAAAAAAAAAAAUCACCUGUCUGUAUUAUCUAGAGUUUAAGCAAGAGUUAGUUUUUAUAGGUAGAUAAUUUUACAGUUCUAAAAUGAUAGAACUUUGUGUAAGUACCUUAAAUUAGAGCAAAACUCUGUUUUGUAUGGGCUCCUGCAUCCCCAGAUAAGUAAGUCUGAAGUGCUGAUUUUAUUCCAGUGGCACAUUCCUUGGGUCAGAGCUGAGGUUCUGACAGCAUCGCCACUGCAGACCUCUAUUUUCAGGGGUUUAGACAAAGUUGCUCUGGGCUUAAACCUUACAGAGAAGGAACCCAGGAAAGAAACGUGUUUUUUAAUUAUUAUUUUUUAAAAUAUAUAAAAUUAGUUUUUGACUAUUUAAAGAAAGUUUGGGUUCUCGUUGCUUUUUAUUUUCAUUCUUAAUAAUGUCAGAAUAAUUUUACUUUAAGAGAGAAAAGAAAUAUGGUAAGCUAGUGGUACAUAAAAUGGUCUGACGAGCUUGGAUCUUAUGAGAAAUGUAUUAAUGGCCAGGACGUUUUUGAGUAGUGGCUACUGUACAUGGGCAUUGACAACAUUUCAAAGAAAUUUAAAAGGUUUUUAAUGUGCCUGAGGACAUAUUUUUAUGAUACACUGAAAAAGCUGCAAAAAUCACUGAAGUCUAAAGGUAAAUGUUAUGUAUUUACAAAAUAUUUUGAUAUAAGUAUUUAAUCAUCAGACCACAGUUAAUAUAAAAUAUAUGCUCCAGUGUAUCUGAAAAAUAAUAUACAUUUUAAAAAUAUACAUGUCUAUAUUACGCAGAGAAUCCUAAAUUCACAUCAUUGAAGCUAAUGAGUCUGAUCUUACAUAGCAGUUGGUUUUAUUGUCUCUUAAAUUGAAAGAAAAAAAGGAAAAUAAAUAUACAGAAUAUACAUUUGAAGGAUAUUAAGGUUAUAGAUAAACCAUAAAAAGCCAGGAAAUACCAUAAUAAGAAUUGUAUAUAUGUAUAUGUGUGGUUCACUGGGGAAAUGACCUUAUAGUCACAAGGGUAAAAUUGGCAUCUAGUUCUGAAAUUACUGCAGGAUUUAAUACUGAACUGCAGUGCCCCAGUGAAUAGGGAGAAAGUUAGUUUUCCUGAUCAGUCCCUGUUUUCAUGGUUUGAGUAAGAACCUUAAUGCACUUCAAAGAAGAUUAUUUUAUGUUUUCUUUCUAGUGUAUAUGUGUGUGGUUUUCUACAUGCCUACUCACACAGACGUGUUGUACAUAUGCAUGUGUAGUCGGAACGCACCUCCUCCUUGGGUACAUGCACCUGGGCGAAGGCGCACACCCGUGCACACUCACACUCACGUGAACGCAGCCAGGCGUGCGCGCUCCCACACGCAGGCUGCGGGGAUAUGCUGUAGAUCUGUCCCCAGACACGCCGGCGGUGAUUUCCUUUGCCUGAGAAAGGGAUUUGCAUUUGGCCUGACUCUGCUUGUGCGUUUUAGAAAGUUAAAGCUGAAAUACCCUCAAAAGGAUGAAUGUACAGAACAUAGAGUAUUAUCCUGGUCCUCAGCCCUAAACCUAACAUUCCUUUUUCUGUUCUUUUGUUUUCAUUUGACUGUAAGGGACGCAUCUUUCCUUGCAUGACAACUCUGCAGAAAAAUCAUAAUUUCCCCAUUUCGUUGUAAGGACGAAUUGUGCAGAGAGAUUCUGUAGGGUACUGGAAGUUGAGAGGGAGGGAGGAUGUGGUGAGCUUGGGGUAGUGCCAUAAAAACUGGAAGCACCGAGUACAGGUAGUAGGAGUGGUGCAUCUUUAAAACCACUAGAAGAUAGCAGUUACCAUCUCAACAGGACUUGUGUGUGGCAAAUUAUUCAUCGUUGCGUUUUGUUUGCAUUGUGGCAUGUCUGUAUUGAGAAACCAAUAGAGCGACACUAGACUAGCUCCCUCUCCCGUAAUGACUAACACGAAUCAUCAUUAAAAUGCUUUGGCUUCCCAUCAUUUUUCUCUCUCUCCUUUGUUUUCUGCCCCGUUUUUCCUCCGUCCUCUGCAUGCUGGCGGGCGGCUUCCUCCUCGGUGCUAACCCCUGGUGCGGAGCGGGGAGCCCCGGGCUGGCAGCCGAGCGUGGGGUGGGAGGGCGGCCGCGCUGCCUGCCGAGGCCAGGUGCUCCCCGGUCGCUCUCUCGAGCUUUCUAUCGCAUACCCAGUGUAAGUACGUUUUGCAAAUCUCUUGGCGGUUCUUUUGGCUGCUUGCUGUGUGCAUAUUUUAAGGACAAUCAUAUCCUUAAAAGGAAAGUGGGAAAGUAGCUUGUAGUAGGGUGUCAGUAUUUUGAAUCAUUGCGACAUACUGACGUUGAUUCAGGGUAAUGGUUGUGUGAGAGUAAACAUACAGUUUAAUGCUCAAAUUAACUUUGUAUUUAUAAAACUCACUUCUGUCCUUAAGCCAUCUAUGUUUUUUAUUUCGAAAGAUAAUAGAAAAUUUAAUAUUUACUAGGGGGGCUUUCAAUUUUCGUAGAAAUAUAUUUGUAUAACUCCACACAAUGCCUAAAAACAAUCAUUGGGAGGAGGUUCAAAGGCUUUCUUUAGACCUAUAUUUAACUCCUGAAAGAUCCCCUGUAAAAUACUGUGAGAUGCCUAAGAACAAAUAGUUAAUGGCUUGCUGGAUUUAAAGGCUGAGACAUAAAGACGUAAUAGUCCUGAGGCAUUCUGUGGUGGUUUGCAUUCUUAUUUAUGUUACCCUAUUCAAGCAUAUAUUUUCCUUGGCUUUGGUAGGUGUCAAGGUAGAAAUGGUGUUCUGAGUCCCAAAGAUAACAUUCCCAAUGCUGUCGUCGUUUUGAUUUUCUUAAAGAAUACUUCUCUUUAUUUGUUUAUUUGUUAUUUUGUGGUCUGAAUGAUGCUUUGUAAUUAUCAGCUUGUAUGUCAUUCAUAAAGGAUUUUAGAGAUCAGGACUUGGCAUUUAGUUAUAUGUACUCUUUGCACUUUCAGGUCACUACUGGUAAAUUUUGUAUGUUCUUAGUAUAUUUCUAUAUAUUGUGUAGUGUUUUAUAGCUAUCUACAGUGAUUUCAGUGGUAUGCAUUCCUGUCCUAUAUAUCAGCACAAAAGAUUUCCUUUCGGUAGCAUGAAAUGAUGUUUCUGUGGACUUCUUUUGUCAUGAUAGGAGUUAAGUUUCCUGUACUAUAUGUGUGGCCUGCAACAGACAUAAAGGGUGAGUAAUAGGACUCAAACACACAUAGUAGAUUUCAGAAGAAAUUCCAUGACUUGAAUAAGAAAAAUCUAUGUUCAGUCUUAUUCCAUCAAUCACCAGCAUUUUCUUCAUCGACUGUGAAUAUCCUCACCGCCAUUCAGGGUAGUAGAGGACUGAAUUUUAAAAAUUACAUGCAUAGAUGUACACUAUGAAAAUUAAUUCACUGAUUAUUUUUUAAUGAAUCUUACUAAAUUAUUUAUCUAAGCUAAGCGAAUAUUGCACCAAAGUCUUCAAAAUGUCUGAUACAGAUGGCAUUUUCAGUAAGAUGCUGUAAGUGCAGAUGAGCCAAAUUAACAGGCUUUGCUUAGCAAAGCAAAACCUUGUUUCUUAAAUUUGUAGUACUGACUGAGCUUGCGGAUCAAAGGGAGCCAUUGAUUCUGCUACAUGGCCAUGCUCAGAGGUUUUUUUUCCCUGCUCUAAUGGACUACUUUCAGAAAAGGCUUUUCAGCAAGAUAAUGGUAUGAAAGAGACAGUUCACAGUAACAAUAGCCACUUACAAGGCAGAUGGUUAUCUAACAGUCACAAUGGGGGACUCUAAGCAAGGUGGCCUGAAAAUGUAUUUUCAUAGUUAUUGAUAUGAAAAGCUGAGGCUUCUGUCUUGGAAAAACAAAUUGACGCCGACUCAGAGAUGCUGCAGAAAUGAGUCUUGGCAGAGUUUACACGUGACAGCUUCUGCAGGGUUGGUUUUUUUUGUUUUUUGGGGGCUUUUCCUUUUUUUUUUUCUUUUUUUUGCUUUUGCUUUGUUUAUGUUUUCAUUACGAUGACAUAACCCCACGUGUCCGAGCAGAAUUGCACAACUGACUCUUCUGAGAUUCAAUGAUGAGAAUACACUGUCAGUUGUCUUCAGUGGCCUGGGACUGGUCCCGCUGAACAUCCCUCCCUUCCAUUGAGGGAUGGGAGGGAUGGGAUGAUAGGCUUCCCUUGCCAUGAGUCCACAUGCUGUUUACUGUGAGCAGGAGGUAUUUGAGCCUGUCUUUCUGUUUGUGUUCAGGGGACAGGUUAUUUUUAAUUCAAAUUGCAACAAUUUUUUAGCUUAUCAUUAGUUCACAUCUUGUCUUCCUUGUGAGCAUCUCAGCUAGGAACAGUCAGCAUCAAUUUGGUGUUUCCUAGGUCCAUUUCAUGUAGAGAGAAAUGGAAGAACUUCUCAUGUGCAAAGGAAUAAGAGCUAUAACCGUUCGAGCCACAUCCUGGGGGCUUUUAUUCCUGCAGAAGCAGGUUGUUAAAGCUCCUCUUGCCUUAGAGGGCUUCUUCAUCCAAAACAGUGAGUACUAUUGCCUGGGACCCUUUUUUUUUUUUUCCCCUCAAUGUCUCUCAUUCCCUCUCAGCCAUGCUGCAGUUGCUUGGGAAACAGAUUUUUGAUCUAGCCUUCCAGCACUAGAAAAGGGGAGCUGCUGCCAGUGCGUUCUUCAGGAGGUCUUUGCUCCUACUUCUUGGUCUUGAAAAAAUUAAUUCACCUUCAGAACAAGUGGCAGGGGUACUUAAAAUGGAGAUUUCUGCUGUGUGAUCUCAUACACGUGGGUGAGGAUGUUGAGUGGUAUUUUGCGUAGAGUGGACUAUAUCCCUCCACUUUCCUGUUGUGGACAAUUCAGCAAAUCUAGCAGGGAAGCAUGUCACUUUUGUAGGAAAGCCCAGAAGCUGUUUGUUAUGGAGGCUCUGCCCAGAUUUUGUUUCUCUUUGGUAAGAACUGCUUUUCUUUUUCCUUUCCAUACAUAUUUAAAUAAAUGGAACCAAAGUUGUAGUGGAGAGAGGAAAAGGUUAUGUACGUCACAGGGCAAGGAGUUUAACCUGCUAGGCUGAAAGGCUUCAUGUAGCAAGGGAUUGCUUUCCCUACUUUAACAUCCCGUCCAAGCAAUGCUCUGCAAUAGAAGUUAAUCCAGCUAUGGCCACAAAGUUAGAAAACUGGCAUUUGCCAACACGACAAUCUCUUUCCAAGGUCCAGUUCUGCUGUGGCAAAGCUUCCACUGACUCCAGUAAGAACUGGCAAAGGUCCUUAAUCUCUUUAUCAUAAGGAAAUAGGAAGUGUUUCUUAAAUAAGUCUUCCCUUUUUUAAAAGAUGAAUAUUAUUCAGGUGAUUGUGCAGUCUUUUGUAUUACUGUAGUAGUGUUUUCACUGAUCUGAAUGCAAAACAUGUCUUUCCAUUGUUUUUCCAUCUUAACAAGCAGCCACUCCUGCACAUAACUCCAGUGCUCAGUGUGUUUAAAUUACAGCUAACACAAUCACUGCCUUCCUUAAUUUAACUUGUGAUGGCAAAACCAGGACCAGAUGCUUUCCAGAGCGCUAAAACCCCUGCUUAUCAUGUUGUUGUUCAUGUUUUUUGAUAUGGUAACUAGCGAUGCCUCCCUUUAAUUAUUACACAGCCACAUUUUAAAUCUGUUUUUAGGGAGAAUGGUAUGUAGGGACUGAAUUGUAAGCUCUUUAACAGAUUUUUAUUCUUUUGGAUGACAUUGCAUCAAAACAGUUGCUAUUUCAGUAUCAGGUUGCUUCCAUGGGCUUUUUAUGCAGAUGCAUUGGAAGCUUUGAACAUAAUGUACUCAUAAAAGAAAAUUGGCUACAUCUGCUUUGAAUUAAGCCUGAGCUUAAAAUGUAAAGCUACACAACUGGUGAUGUUUCUUGGUUAAUGGCAGCAAAGGGGAAGGUCUGCCCCGAGUCACCUGCACCUGGCGGACUGGGGGAGCACAGCACUGUCACCAGGAGAAUUUGCUGUGUGACCCUGCCGUGUGGUCCCAGGAGAGGGGAGCGGGGUGUCACCGUGGGGGGGGUCUCUGCCAGGUUGGGUGGCAGCGGGAGAAGCCAGGGUGGUGGUGCUGUGCUGGGGCGGGAGGGUUGCCAGGGCGGCUGGGAGAUGGGAUGAGAGCUCUGGUCCUUGUGGAAAAAGAGAGUUAAACAUAUGCCUAUAAAUUCUGGCUCCUUUUUUUCUUGUCUUGAUGCUUGGAUUGCUGUGUUACGCUGAGUUAGGAGCCAGACUGUGUAAGCCUGGGCGUGCUGAAGCCAGUUCUCCUGCUGGUGGACCACCGUGUGACUGCUCUCAUCAACACCUGAGCAGUGCCUUUUCCUCCGAAGGCAGUUUUAGCACAGACACUUCCACAAAUCCCCUCCAGCCCAGCGCUGACCUGUGGCAUUUCACUGCUCUUCCAUCCUCCUUUUGCCAGGGGGAUGCGAAAACCCAAGCCCUUGGCAGGGUGGUAAGCGCUGGCUGCACCCUUGCAGCCCAAGGGCAAGCGGGGAGGGAGCGUAAGACACGCUGUGCAGCAGCACCACCGAGUCCUACGUAGAGUGCAAGUAACUUUCUGCAGCACGUAGCUUGAUAAAAGCCAUGUUAUCCUGCUUUUCAAAAGAGGGACAAAGACUAAAGCUGUUGCCCUUGUGUAAAAUUGAAGUAAAUCCCCUGCCAUGGGACAGAUUGCAACAGCUGGACGUAUCUCGGGUCUACCAGUAUUCCCUCUGAAAUCAGUGGAUCUGUUAGUGGUGUCAGUUGUUAUUGAGUGAAGAUCCCAUAAUUUGGCCCCAUCUCAAUUUCCUUGCCGUGUUUGUCAGCAGAGUCCAUCUCAGAAAAGCUCUAGUGUUGAGGCUUGUGGCCCCAUUGAAGUGGUGUUGAGGUAUGAAUGUGGUUGGUGGAAAAUACAGAUUCAGUAAGUCCAGAAAACACAGCAUGGCUUCAGUCUUUUAUCACAACCCAACUCUGCUUAAAUAUCAUGGUAUGCCUGAGGAAAAUGUAGCAGGGACUGUUCCAUGCUGCAUCUGACAAGCCGAUGCUCUCGGGGGUUUCCUAGGUGCUGAAAGGGACAGAUGUGUCCUGUUAGAAUUCACUUAACCUGUUUCUGUAAGACGUGUUACAGCUGACAGAUCACUGUUAAUUACAAUUUUCCCUCGUAUUUUUUAUGUUGGCCACCUCCAGUAAGGUAGCAUAUGACCUAUUCAAGAUAAUGAGUGAGUAAAGCCAGAGCUCCCCGCUCUUCUUAUCUAAACGGUUUGCUAAUAAUCUGGUGAGUCUGUGUGCACCAACUUUUCUUAGUGAAAGCUCACAACACUCCGGGGGGUGUUUUUAUAACAGACUGUUAGACACACUCUGCUCCUUUCCACCUCUACAAACCUCGAUGAGUAUGUGUCUCCUCGAAUCACUAUAUUCUUAACAUAUUUACAACCUAACUGAUAGCAAUAGAUGUCUUUCUUCCCUGGCAGUUCACAAGGAUAUACUAAUCAGUGUUUAUUAUAUUUUUAAUUCUGUAAAUAUUUAUUUUGGUACUCUGUGUAUUUAUUGGCACUGAUUCUGGUGUUUGCUUAUGCGUCAUUGUAAAUGUUGAUGGUUUCAAUAGUCUUGCUUCUAAUGAAUGUAAGGAACUCAGACUAACUGCACUUUUCUUCCAUUCAAAAAUCUUACAGUGAAAAAUAUUCCCACUGUCAUAUUAUGUGUUAUAAUGGAUACAGUUAAUAAAAUCAGUUGACACUUUUCAUUGA